GAGGGUAACUUGGAUUAACACAUAGGAUAGUUUUUAUCCCGGAAAUCCCACGGGAACGGGAACUAUGCGGGUUUUCCUUUGCAAACGCGGGCGAAGCCGCGGGCGGAAAUCUAGUUAUCUAUAUUAGGAGAAAAUUUACACAUAUAUACUGAGAUUGUGAUAAUAAUCAUAAAUAACAAUAUACAAGAUUACGUCUUAUAAAUAACUGUGUCCAACAAUAGGCGAUGAAGCAUAAUUAAUCCAUUUAAUUCACGUUUUUCCUUCCUGUGUCCAACGCACAUACGCCGAAAAUACUCGAAUAGCAUGACUAUAAAUCGUAAUAAUUGGAAUCAAUAAUUCUUAGUCACAUUACCAGCAUCCUUGCACGAUGUUCGCUUUAUUGUUGGUUGCUCUCCUGACAACCGUCAACGCUGCCCCCAAUAGUCAAGAUGAAAAGGCAACAGAAACUGCUGUAGCAAGUACAGAACCUAAUACUGACGAAUUAAUAACAAUACGUGAAGCUUCAGAAUAUAAACUUACGAUAACAUUGAUUGAUUACAAAGAAGAAGACAUAGAAAUUAGAGCUACCAAGGAACUGCUAUUGAUAAAACUACACUCUAAACAUGCUAAUGGAACUGAUUGUAAUAUUGAACAAUAUAAAGUUCUACCUCCAUACCUUCAUGUUAAUGGUACCUGGACAUAUGAAAACAAUAUCCUAACUAUUACUUUUCCGAUUGAUAAAGAAGCAUUAGACAAAGGAAUUCAACAGAGUAGUAAAACACAUAACGAAUCAAAUUCUAGUUCAGUGGAAGAAGAUAGUUCUGAGGAAGAUUCAUCAAAAAACUCAUUAGCACAGCGGUUUCCUUCGUGGUGGAGUCAACACCAGAAAAUCGAUUUUUAAUAAAUAUUGUAAUUAACUUGUUUAAAAUGAUUUAGGCAAAUUAUUGAAUAAAUCAAACUAUUCUCGAAGUAUUAAUAUAAUUUGCAGGUGUUCAUAUUUUGUGUAUAAUAAAGUGUAAAUAUUGAAAUAUUAUGUGAAGUUUUAUUUAAAAUCAAGAAGUUAAUUGAGUGAUUAGAGAAUUAAUAAAAAUUGAAAUAAUAGUAAUAACCUUGGGGCAGUGUGGUUGAUCUUUGGUAUUUCAAAUAAAACUGCGUCAUCGAGCACAAUCCAUGAUUCAUAAUAAAUAAACAAGGAGUACACAG